GUCGCAGCUCAUCCUGUUCAUCGUUUGAGUAAAACCGGGGAUCGGCGGAGCAGGGAAACCUCGAGGUUUCUACUGAAUUCAAUAAGGAUACCCGGUUAUUUCUGAUUUCAGACAGCGCCACUAGGAUAUAUCAACAUGGUGGUAACAGGGAGCGGGGGGAGCCACAAGGUUCUCCUGAUAUCCGGGAAACAGACCGGCUCACAGACGAGCUUCAGCCGGCCCAUCUCUGUCGUUUUGCCGUCAGCGGCCAGCCAGGCGGCGGCGGCGGCGGCGGCGGCUGCGUCGUCGGAUUCAGACUCCAACUCCUCCGCGGGGCCACCCAUACGAAAAAGACAGAGGCUCACACACCUGAGUCCAGAGGAGAAAGCACUUCGCAGGAAACUCAAGAACAGAGUCGCAGCUCAGACAGCUAGAGACAGGAAAAAAGCCAAGAUGGGGGAGCUGGAACAGCAAGUCAUAGAGUUGGAGCUGGAGAAUCAGAAACUACACAUUGAGAACAGGCUGCUUAGAGAAAAGACAAGUGGCCUACUGACAGAAAAUGAGGAACUGAGACAGAGACUUGGGUUGGACACCCUCGACUCAAAAGAGAAGGUUCAUGGUCUGUUGUCCACUGGGAAUGAAGCAGGUUUGGGGAUCGGGUCUUCUGAGCGCAGCACUCAGGCUACGUGUGCCUCCGCAGCAGGUGCAGGCCCAGCAGCCCCUAAAUCUGAAGACUUCUCAAUGGAUACAGAUGGUUCUGACUCUACAGACAGUGAGUCUGAUUUGCUACUGGGCAUUCUGGACAUCCUUGACCCAGAGCUGUUCCUCAAGUCUUGUGAACAGGAGUGCCAGGAGCCGCAGGUGCAGCUGGUCGGAGGGGGGAACCCAGUACCUGCCACCACACCUGCGACUCUGGGGUCCUCAUCAGUUAAGCUGGAGGCCCUUAAUGAACUGAUCCACUUUGACCACAUCUACACCAAGCCCGUGGAGGAGGUGAGCAGCGGGCAGUGCAGCGACUCAGAGAGCGACACAGAGGAGAAGAUUGACGAGGCUAUCUUCCCCAUUACCGAGGUGGUGGUCGAGGAGGAGACGGUCUGCAUCAAAGACGAGCCGGAGGAAGUGGUCAUCCCCAGCUGUAACAGUCAGGUGGAUGACUUUUUCUCUGAGUCCUCCUCCCCCGCCCUCAGCGGUCUGGAUAAGGAAGCCUGCUUGGCGGACACCUACAGUGACUCCGGAUAUGAAGGGUCCCCUUCCCCUUUCAGCGACAUGUCCUCUUCCCUGUGCUCAGAGAGCUCUUGGGAAGACAUGUUCGCUAGUGAACUCUUCCCCCAACUUAUCAGUGUCUGAAUCCAACCCCUAACCCACUAAGUUAUAAUAUACAGUAUAUAUAUAUACACUUAUACACGUAAGAGCUAGUGUUCCAUAACUACAGAUAAGCACAUGCUUCAUAGUAGCUUAGAACACCACUGAGCCCGCUCAUAUAUCUGCUAAAGUUAAGUACAUAAUCUCCGUUUAACUACAGCAGGUCUGUACCACUGGCAAUGUUGCAUUGACUUGUGGGAAAUGGAGUUCAUGACAGCUUUAUUUUGGCAUUAUGUAAUUACUGCAGAGCAUUUAAGAUUGAUUGCAAACCUCUCUCCGUUCAGGAUGAAAUGUGGUUGGAAUUCAGUAUUUCUGUAAAUGUAAUAUGGGGAUGGGACCGAUCAUUUAAAUAUUUUAUUUAUUUGUGUAUUCUGCUUUGGAGUCACUGUAUGUCCUCAUGUAAAAAUGCUUUCUUCUAAUUUGCUGACCGCUCUCUAUGUAGUCUGAUUACUGCAUUAAAAAUUUUUUUGCAUUGCA